GUCGUUUUAUAGGUGAAAAAGUGAUCAUUUAAAAUAAAAAUACGUUCCAAAUGACAAAUGUUCCUCUCGUUUUGUCAUUAGUAUUUGCCUUUGAGUGAAAUUUCAAAAGUAUCCCAUUGUAACAAUUUGUCACAUUGUUUGUUAUCGAUGCAAAGCAUUCUAUCCACAGUUAACAACUUUGCUUUGCUACAGUAUAUAAAAUUGGACAAAUUCAAAGCUCACUAAUAAUCAUAUUGAUUGUUUGUGACUGGUUUCGAUUGACGAAAUCCAUUGUUAAAAAAUGGAUUCAAAGAUAUUUUUUAUUCUUUUUGUUUCCAGUGGUUUUUCCUAUAUCGCAUAUGCUAUAUCUUGCAUCAAAUGUAAAGACGUGAAAUCAAUAUCAAGUGUGGAGAAGGAAGGGAAUUAUAUCUCACAUGAAUGCGAAUAUGUGUCAGACUCCUGUUUUGUUCACAUUGCCAAUCAGACAACUGUGCGCAGAGGUUGUUUGAAAGAAUCUAUCCAAUCGCUUUUCAGUGAAGGAAUUAACCUAAUCGAUGACUGCAAAGAUAAAUAUACAUGCCAAUUGUGUUUAGACAGAGACGAUUGUAAUAAUAUAGAAGUCCGUGACGAAUCCUGUAUUGACUGCCAAACUGAGACCGAUUUGAAUUGCACGCAUGAGCUUAAUGAAAAAAUGAGCAGAACAUGCCAACGGUCAGUAGAGCCAAGAGGGUGUUAUCUCCGAAAGGCCAGCUUGUCCAAUAUCCAACGAGGCUGUCUGUCUGAUCUUGAUGAAGAUGAGCGCGAAAUCUGUCUCAAAGAAGGAUCAAAGUGUAAAACAUGUGUUGGUAAUAAUUGCAAUUUGGAAAUGAAGUUUCAAUCUUGUUACGUUUGCGACACAAAUGUGGAUGGCGAGAAUUGUAAAAGCAAUGUCCCAGAUACCAUGACAAAAUUGUGUCAAAAUCACUUAGCUGAAUGUUUCAUAAAUGUUGAAAACAAUACCGUUUCUCGUGGUUGCCUGGGUGAAGAUAUGCCAGAGGAGAGUUGUACAUCAGGCAAAUGCUCAAAAUGUUCACGUUUGUCCGAUUGCAAUGGUGAAAAUAUCCACGCGGAAAUGUGCAUUACUUGCGACUCUGCGACAGAUCCAGCGUGUCAAACGAAUGCAACACAUUUUGCUAAUCAGGCAUGUCCGCUUUCUGCUGGUCCAGAAGGAUGCUAUCAUCACAUAGGUGCCGAUGGUCACCAUAUAAGAGGAUGUGUGAGUAGUUUGUAUGCAGAGCAAAAACACGAAUGCCAGCGAAACAGUACCACUUGCAAAACCUGUCUUGGAAACAAAUGCAAUUCGAAGAGUGCUUUUACACAAUGUAUGACAUGUAAUUCAGCAUCGGACCCGAAUUGUAUUGAACACCAUGGCAAGGCUUCAAUUAAAACUUGUCAGACUUAUGACGAUGAGUGCUUUGUAUUCACACGAAACAAUUUCGUACGGCGAGGAUGUUUGGAGGAAAUGAAUCCAGAAUUGUUGUCCGAUUGUAUAGCGACUUACAUGCAGGCCAAAUGUCAAACAUGUAAAAAUGACGAUGGAAGUGCCUGUAAUAACCACAAUCUAACUGAUACAUGUAUUGAAUGUGAUUCAAGUAAUGAUGUCCGUUGCCGCGAUGAUCCAGCAUCAAUGAUUCCGAGAAUUUGUUCGGUAAAGGCUAACAAAUCAGCUGGUUGCUACUUACACAAACAUGGUGAUACGUUCAGACGUGGAUGUUUGGAAGAUUUGGAUACAAAGCAUCAACAUGAAUGCUACAAACAGUCUGAUACAUGCAAGAGUUGCUUUGGAAGAAAUUGCAACACAGCCAAAAACUAUAAGACCUGUUAUGUGUGCAAUAGUAGGAAUGAUCCUUAUUGUGCAAAAGCCUCAGACUCAACACAUACAUCGUCCUGCUUGAAUUAUCUAAGUUCAUGUGUAACUGGCAUUGAAAAUGGAUACACAUAUCGAAACUGUACGGAAAAUAUUGUAACAAAUGAGAAAACAGUCAAAAAUGAACUGGAAAUUUGCUCAAGUGAUAAAUGUAAUGGAAUAGUAUUACCCCCACAACGUUUGCAGUGCUAUCAAUGCAGCGGCAACGAAGAAUGUGGAAAUAUCUCAAAGAAUUCUAACAUCACCGCGGGGCCAUGCCAAUUUUACUCUGAACUUGAUCAGUGUUAUACAUUGAUGAACUACGAUCAUACCGUGCAUCGAGGUUGUAUUAGUGACCUUGACACCUAUCGCUUUCUGUGUGACAAAAAAGGAGUUCUGUGUAAGAAAUGCAAUCAAAGUGGAUGUAAUUAUGGCAAAAUCGAACCUGAUUCGCAUGCCAUUGAAACUGAAACUCCAAUUGCUGUAGACGGAAAUACCAUCAAUAGUCAACCAAUUCAAAGUGUGACGGAAACGGCUGAUAAUUCUAGCAAUAAACUUACCGGCAGUUUUAUACUGAUUACACUAAUUUUAAUCAAAUUUUUUUGAAUGUUGAAUUGAAUGGAAUAACGUUUUAAAGUUAGGAAACUGACUCAAUUAUUUGAGAAACGUUCAAUAUAUAGUUGUUCCAAGAAAUCAUUUGGAAAUGACGGUGUUUCAUAUUUCCUAUUGAAAAAUAUUGCAGCUGGUGGUUUUUGUAGAUACAUAGCGAUACUUUUAAUGAAAAAUAAUUCGUAUGGAUUAGUAAUAGGCUUGAAAAAAUACAGGCAAUAAAACUAGAAACAGAAUGACUUUAGUUGGAAAUUAAUUUUGACGGUUAAUUCGGAUUUGGACCGGGACUGACUACGUGUCAUGUUGUAUUUAAAAUAUCAUCACAAAUUGCUAGUGGUUAAAUGCCCAUCCCAGUGAUUGAAAUAGCCGGUAGUUCUGAAUGUGAAAAUGCAACUCCAAAUCUGAAUAACGACUCCAAAUCUGAAUAACGGUUAUGAUUUGCAUAAUUUUACACUCAAAUUUCAGGUCACUACUUAGUUACUUUUAUCAUUUGAAGCCCAAUAAAAUUGUUUGGAGUGAAGGGUUCAAAAAUACCAAUAUUCUGUGGAAUUCUUGGACUUUUCAAACUAUUCUAUUGGGUUCCAGCACAAAAAUCCGGAUGCCAUUCUAUUGCGAUUCAAUCGCUAUUUUUGUCCAAUUUUUUUUUUAUUGAUUCGGCUCAUUUAUGCAAGUAGAGACCAUUUGAACAUUUGUGUUGUUUAGAUAGCUUCACCUUGAGUUGUAGUCGUUUCACAAUUAAAAUCAUUACACGCAUGUCAAA